AUGGAGCGGGGCCUGGCGGCCGGUGGUGGCGGCGGUGGCGGCGCCGGGAGUUGGCGUCGCCCUGGUUUAGUUGCAACGGAGGGUGGUGCAGCAGAGGGUGGCGCAAGAAUCCGCGGAGGUGGGACAGAUGAGCAUGACGAUACAACAGGCACAGGUACGCACGGAGAGUCGGUGUCUCGACGGAUGGAGCGCACAACAUUUCUUUGUUGGGACGACUUCGAGGCAGCUUUAGGGGAGUAUUGUGAGAGUACUUACCAGAUGUACAAGUACGUUCGCGACGUUGAGUUAUCAUUCCCUGUGAGGUCUAGUCAAACUUACCUUUAUUCAAUGUUCUUUUUACAGGAAAAGGAGUUCAGUCUCUAUUGA